CAGGAGAAUGUCGAUUUCACACCGGAUUUUUACCUGCUCGGGCAGCUGGUGGCGGCGCUGGCCCUGCACAUCACAGACGGCGUGACGGAGAUCGGCGAGGCCGCCGCGGAGGCCCUGUACCACCUGCACCAAGUUGCCAGCACCAAGACGGCCAAGGAAAUGCAGAGGAGGCAGAGGAAUCCGAAGGGGAAGGCUGUGAAGUGGUUCCGGGAAGACCUCACCUUUCCUGGCCCCUUGGUCUUCUACAGCAACAUCCCGAAAGUGGCAAAGGCGUUUGGCGAGCACCUGUCCUCCGCACAGAGCACGGAAGUGGCGCUCAGGGCAGCACAGUGCCUCGCGCAGCCAGAGAAGAACCUGGCUCAGGCCGCAGGGGUGCUGCUGCGCUCCUUCCUGGAGGAAUGUGGGAAGGACAUGGACGGUCUUCCCACGAUCGUCAGGGAAAUUUACACCAACCUCUCCAAGAUUGAGGACCCAACCGCAGCGGAGAUAUGGAGGGCGCUGGCGGCCGACCCCUAUUCCAGCAUCAAGCUGAUGAAGCCUCUGCUGAAGCGGCUGCAGGACAAAGACGUGGAUCCCAGAAGCUCAUCCACGAGGCACAGCAAGUCCCAGAUGCCCAUGGCGGCCACCAGUGCCUUGUGCGCUGUCCUGUCCGCGUCUGAGGCCGCAGCUGUCCUGCAGAACUAUUUCCCGCACCUGCUCGUUGCCCUGCUUGUCCAGAUCUACGCUGGGCAGGUUCUGGAGCCCAUCCUUGGUCCUCUGGUGUCCUGUGCUCUGGAUCCAGAGAGGGCCAUUGCCAAGGAAGCCCUCCGGACCCUCCCGUGUGUCUUCCGUCACAUGGAGGUGGAGGAGUUCGGCUUCGUGGGCACCGACCUCAUCCCACACCUCCCGAGAUACUUCAGUGACGAUGAAGAGGACGUGAGGCAGGCCUCCGUUUCUCUCUUCGGGAUGCUGCUGUCGGGGGUGAAGGAACCCCGGAGGAACGCUGUGACGGAGGACGUUCUGGGAAGCCUCGUUCCCCUCCUCAUCCAGCUGGCGGAUCCCGGGAGCCGCGAGGCUGCUCGGGGUGCCCUUUCUGACUGUGCCAGCUUCAUGAGAUGGACGGACAUUCCCAGCGACCUCUUCGACUGCCCAUCCUCCGGCAAGCUCUACAACGCCUACCUCGACAUCUGCAAGCACACCGUGAGUCGGACUGCGGCGGCGGAGGCUUUGACGCCCUGCCACAAGCGCCUGCCCCUUGACGUGGCCGGGCUGGCGAGGCCCGCGGAGGACUUGGGCAGCUUGCUCCUGCGAGGUGGCACGAGGCGCGGGGCCCGAGCUCCGGUUGCCGCCUCGUCUCAGCCUCGUUCCUGUCAAAUACGGAUGGCGAUCGCAGAGCACUGCCAGCCACGUUCCCUGGCCCCUUUGCCCGCAGUGCCCUCCCGUCCCACUAAAUGCACCGCUCUGACAA